CCAACCAACAGGAGUGUAUGUGUGUGUGUCCGGUGUGUAGCAUGAAGAGGAAGAAGUCCGUCUCCGCUGUACUUGUUUGACCGCAGAAAUGACCGAACACAAUCCGUCACAUUUCGACAUCAGCAGAUAGCAACACAGCAACACAGCGGUACAAACCACCUCUGUCACUCCUCGCGACUGUUACACUCCGUUACUAUGUCGGCGGGACUGGCUCGGUCGUAGCCGAAGAAUCCACUUUAACCUGUGCUUUACUGCGUCAGUGGCCGUGAUGCGUUUCAACGAGAAAGAGCUGGUGUCUCUGAGCCGCCAGCCCUCGGAGAUGGCAGCCGAGCUGGGGAUGCGAGGACCCAAGAAAGGAGACGUAGUGAAGAAGAGGCUGGUGAAACUGGUUGUUAACUUCCUCUUUUAUUUCCGGACUGAUGAGGAGGAGCCAAUCGGAGCUCUGCUGCUGGAGCAGUGUCGGGUGGAGAGAGAGGACAGCCAGACGUUCUCUGUUGCAUUUCUGGAUGAAGCGGAGAGGAAAUAUCUGUUUGAGUGUGACACAGAGGAGCAGUGUGGGGAAUGGGUAGACUGCAUUAUCAAGGCCAGUUACGAGUUCAUGAGGAAGAACCUGAUAUUCUAUCGAACUGAAAUCCACAGGCUCACUGGCAAGGAUCCGUUGGAGCAGUACGGUAUAUCAGAUGAAACUCGCUUCCAGGUCAACAAUGGUCUGCAACUUAUGGCUAGAGAUACCUCCUCCCUGUAGACCAGCUACCUGUGUCCAGAUUCACUUUGUUUUCAUGUUAGUUCACCCUGCCAUUCCAAUAUCCACUCCUCACUGGUUUAAAAACGUGGCAUUACCAUAAGCACACCAACUUUUCAGACCCUCACUGCUCUGAUUGUAUUAAGUUGCUCCAGACUUACAGAGAGGUUUUUAUACGGAUGUUAUAAUGGCGUAUCUGAGGCCAUGCCAAGUGACGGAGUGAGAAAGCUGAUUUUCUGUUCUGUCGAUCAUUACAUGGGGCUGUGGAAAACUCAACACUGUCUUAUUUUCGGUUAAGGGGAUUUUACAUGCAAUUUUCUGUAUAAUUUUCAGACUUUGCAUUGGUUAAUAGAUUGUCUGUAUGAAUUAUGUUUUAUACGCUGUUUUCUACGGGACAUACUGUACUGUAAGACAAUGUGAUUUUGAGAUUGUCUGACUGUACUAAUGCUGUAGAGCUGUGACUUUCAGGACAUAUGAAUAAUGUCAAUCCAGUAGGCGUAAAUGUGCGCUGUUUAAAGAAGAUUAUGAUUUAAAAAAACAACCCUCUGGCAGUAUUUACUGUACCGAUUUGAACUGCAUGGACCCUUUGAUCUGCUGAGUUGAGCCACCCAUUGUACUCAAUUUUUGCUUAUUAGAAAUAUUUUUUUAGUUAUCCCAAUGUAUAUUUAUGAUGUAGCCCAUUUGGACUAUUUAGUUUUAAAAACUAUACUUUUGCACACAUUAACUGGGAGUUAAGGGUUUAUAUUUUGUAUUAGAAUUUCGGUAAUUUACUUGAACCAUCUGUACCUUUUCUGUGGCACUUUGAGUCAGAUGCCUUUAGAUAAGCUGUUGGACCAGGCUCUUGACAUGAUUUCUUUUUUAAUAUCACACCACCUUCUUUGUCAGUGUAAUGGUAAGGUCUAAACCAAAUUUCACUACUCUGCAAAUUGGUAACAUAUUGAUUUCACCCAUCAGGAGUCUACCCACAAGGAUGAUAUGUCAUUGAAUGUGUCUUUAUUUUAAACUUUUGCACAUAGAAUGUUUAAUCUGUUUUUACUUCAUGUAAGAAUGUAUUUGUUUCACUUGCAUUUCUUUUCUUUUUCUUUUCUUUUUAUACUAAUAAAGCCAUUUAAAUGAUACUGUAAAGAAA